AUGUCCCUGCAAGGCCAACGCGUAUCGAAGGGCUUACCGUGCGAGGGGCAGGACCGAUUCCGUCUGCUCUGGGAGGACUAACGGCGCUGGAGUGGCUGGGGCUGGAAUACAACCAACUGAGUGGUGAGUGAUGCUACAGGGGCGAAGCUCCCGCGUGCCCCAGCGAGUCGUUGUCGUGGUCGCACCCCAGAAUUGUGUUUGAUGAUCGGUGAAAGAACUUCGAUGGGUCACUACUAGCCCUCUCGGAGGAGACUGGUGUGUUUGAAAGCAUUGUCCCAAGUGAAGAGAUGCCUUGUCUGGAAUUUCAUGCUGCAUCAGAAGUAUCGUUUCACUCUUUCAAACUCAAGUCUUGUUUGCAUGGUUCUCGCUUCCGACCAACACCUGUGACACCUGCUCACCGGUGGUGUCAUGCUAACUAGUAGAGAGUCACCUAUCAUUGUUGAGAGAAAGUUCUUUGUUUUUCCGAAAUUGAACAGCGAGCAUUUAAACCAAAGAUCAUGUCCAUACCAGGAAUCGAAUCGGCGAUUGCACUGCUCACGUUCAAUUCUGGAUCGUUUGUUCGAUGUCCUGAGAAGAGGUGAUUUGCUGAGUGAUGAGCUGUCCCCAGAUUAGUAGGACUGCGAGGAUGCAAGUAUUUUGUUGUUCUCAACUCAGCCUCUGAGUCGCAGUGAUUGGCCCCCCCUGGUGUCACCUCUGCUGAUGUGGUUUUGAUUGCCGAAAUAAAGUCUUCACACUCACCGAACAGCAACAUUUUCUGUCGAUUAGCUCUCGGCACUAUGCACAGACAAAGAAACGAAUUUCGGUGUGGUCAUGGAUAACACCUCCAGUAGAAUGACAUACUAGAAUACUACCGUCGGACAUCUGUGCCCCGUGAUUUGUGCCAACCACUCGCAAGAAGGACGUGAGCCCAAUCGAGUCGUGUGAAAGGGUACAGUAUGUUUAACAUUGACAACAGCAGUGGGGCCAUCGCUCAGACUCUGCGAUUGAGUCAGGAACAAAUUCCCAUACUCUCGGAAACUGCACGCGUGCAUAUCUUCGAGGCCGGGGUGAGUGCGAUAUUGGGUUUGUCGUCCGACCAGGCCAAUUGUUUCAGACGUUGAAGGGUUGCAGAGAGGUCGGCCGUUGCAACCGCAGGCGGUCGAGCUUUUUUUCUUCGGUGGGGACAAGGGUGUGUGAACAGCACCGCAAUUGCUCAUCCUAUACAGUUCGUUUGGGGAAACGCUGUGUUUCGAGGGCCCAAAGCAAGCACAAAUUGUAAGCUGCAAGCAUGGUAAGAUACUGACCAAAUGAGGGCUACCUGUGUUGAAAUAAUGCCGUCGUUGUUGAGGACAGAUGCCAUUGAGGGAGGCCGCCCUUGGUAGUGCAGCAGUCCAGAAUAUCGAACUGAAACGCAUUAGCGCGGCAGCUUUUCUCUUCUCCAACAAGGGGUAUUUGGGCGAAGGGUAGCGACAGUGCAUCGUAGCAAGAUUCGAUGUUUCGCAGUCAUUUUCGUGAGGUUCAUCGAGAUUUUGUGCACAAUCCUGGUGGUUUCUGGCCCGAAUCAUGAACGCCGAUUCAAGCGCUCCAUGGUUUGUAUGGUAUGAUUUCGUGGACGACCACCAAAUAGAAAGGCACCAGGUGGCGCCGACGUUGUAUUCGAUGACGUGUUGGCUUGGAUUUGCCCGACAUGCGUCUAUAUUCCGGCGCAGUAUAGCUGACGUAUUUGGUCCUUCAUUGAGUGCCUCUCGUUAUCGACUUGCCAGAUGCCGUUUUGCUUUGUUUGUCGUUUCCGGGUACAUCUGUCUAGGUAGCGUUAUUUCGAUUUCAAGCAGCUGUCGGACCUGUUCGCUACGAAAAACAGCGGAGAAGAAAACGAGCAAAAUGCUGUGAUUCUAUUCGUCUUCCAUCGUCCCCCGUUUCCGAACAGCUCAAACGCCACACAUUCCGUAAAGGUUACAUGAGUUGAUACUUGUUCCAAUUUCUCGCGCACUACGGUUGUAUGUCGACAUGUACACCCUGGAAACUUGCUUCCUGGAGGUGCAUUCCGGCGUGCAGUCAUUGCGAACCGAUCAUCGACUGUCAGAUUUCAUUCUCCGUGGCUUGAUUUCGUAAGAACGAUCAGAAACUACCAGGUUGACUUGCCCCCCACGGCCAGUUCGCCGUGGGAGAAGGUAAACCCUGUUGCAUGUGUCGAAUUGUGCACAACUUCUGUGUUCACAUGGCGUGACUAGCCGAUUCUGGGUGGGGAUCGCUGGCCGUGAAGUUGCAUCUACGGUAUGUAGCAAUUUGUAGGUACGUGCUGCACGACCAGGCUGAAUUCAUACGUUCGGAUUGCACAAAUCAUCAAUGACGUGGGUCUGUGUCUCUCGGAAGCAAUUCGAAUACGUCUCAGGCUUGGGCAACCUCAUUAGUCUGAAGAUCCAUGUAACCCGUGGUGCUAGAUCGCGUUUCGAGCUUGUUGGCGUUGAACCCCACAGGAAAUAAUUCGAGGACAGGUGAAACAUGGCUUCUCCGCACAACGAAAGAGGCCUCCCCCCCCGGUGUGUACGAAAGCAAGCUGUGAAGUCUAGACCGCACAAACGCGCACGUCAACUGUCUCUUUGCCCUGCACUCUCUGUCGGGUGCAGCCAUAAAUUCUGAGCAGCGGCGCGAGAGAGGAAGCCCCGAGGCAUGGCGCUGCGUGUGCUUAAGGCCGUGUUCGCAUACAGCGUUAUCGGUGUUCUUUCGAGCUGGUUUUGGCUUGAUCGACAAGGUGUUGUUGAAUUUGUCUCAAGGUCUUGCCGGCUGCUGGGUUCGCAUUUGGUCAGAAGGGUACCUUCGACACCCCUCACCGCUGCUCCUGCGCUUGCUGUGACUGGAGGAUGGCUGUACGUUUGGUGAUCCGAAGUACAUCAUUGGCGCGUACGGUUCAUGCCAAUAUCAAUCUUGCCGACGUCACGAUCCAUCCUCAACAAUCGUCAUACAGCAUUACCAACAGCCUUACGUUGUACAGCAACGAUAAAAUGCAAACACUGUUGGUCAACUUCCAAUGCUGUUUUGCUGCAAUGUAUGAGCGGGCAGGUGUAGCCAGAAUCAACCUUUUGUGCCAAAUACCCUUCUCUCGGGUCCGCUCCAGAAAGCUUAGGUGUCGCCGGGCCACGCUGUUGCUACACUGGGGGAUGAGACGUGGGAAUCCCUCGUGCUGUUGGUGUGUUUUUCAGUGAUUCAAACAUGUGCGUCCGGCUGUGUUCCUCGGAUUAUUUCUGCUGAAAGAGGAUUAUUGCGUGUCUGGGAAGUCGCCCGACGUCAGCAAGGGGAAAGCGUUCAAUACGAAAAGUGCCAUAUAUAUUUGUCUGCGUGAUGGCCGGUGACAAGUGAUAUGGUGCUGGCUGUGGCGACAAGGUCCUCGCGUAGGACGAGAAGAUGUUUGGUGGUGAUAGGCCGAGUACCCGAAAGAGUCUACGAAUCAAAUGCUCGAGUCGGCUUAGGACGUCGCUCCCGAGAGGGAGCACGCGUAAGCGAGGUUCGUGAUUUUUGCACCAUUGCCUUGACAUGUUCCUAUUGCCCAUCGUAGGGAUGGGUGCCAAGGCCGACCGAAAGAGGCCCUGUGUCGUUCACGGGCAUGACGUUCGAUAUUCGAAGCGGGUUGAUUUUGUCUUCGGCUAAAGUGCUUGUGCCUGUUAAAUGCAUUGGGAGGGAUGGCCGAAGGUCAUGAUCAUGAAAUGAUGAGGAGGGUGCCCUGGAGGUUCAAUCCCCCCCAACCCUUUUUCGCGGACUAUCGAAGGAACGUUGAGAGGAAUCGAGGAGACAGCCGUAUUCUCCUGGUUGAUGGCGUUGAACGUUUAGCUCAGACACGCCAGAAAUUCAUGAGGCUACGUCGCCAAAAUGGGAGAACAGCCGCUGGUGUACCCCUCGUCGCUCCGCGGUUGUUAAUCUUGAGAGGCCAGCAAACGUCAGUGGCUCUCCUUGAGAACGCGUUUCGGCCACAACGUGAUUCACGCCAUGAGGAUGUGCCGAAUACCGAAUGCCAGCUCGAGACGUUGGAAAUCAAACUAUUAUAUAGCUGGUUUAAUUGGGUGUGUCGCGCCAGGAUCUAUUUCUUCACGGUACUUUGCAAGUGACCACAAAAGAACGGUGCCACCGGCUGAGCGCAACUCAGAAAGAACCACGUCGAGAAUGAGAAUACAGAAGUAUCACUUUUGCCCUACCUGCAUAGGGGAAAUUUACUUCCUCCGGGCAAAUCGAAAGUUACGCCGAUAAAUAGUGGGAAGAGAGAUAGAGGUCCAGAAUGCGGCACAGCGAAAGAUAUUGAAAGUAGCAAGUACAGUGGGUACUGCAAGUACAAUGUCCCGCAGGCAUUAACGCACGGUGCCGUCGUCCUCGCUAAACUUGCAAUUUUUCAACCAAGCGUGCAUUCGAUCUAGCUGGAAACACUCGCAGAGAGCUGCAGACCCCGAAGAAACUUUACACCCCCAUGCUGACACACUUCAGAGCUCCUUCACCCUCAGCUCCGUCCCUUCCCCAUUACUGCAGCCCUUUCAAACGCCCUCUUGACGCUUGUUCCCUACUGCACAUUGCUUCUUGAGUUCGCACGGGUGGUGCGCCGAACCAUGAGCAAGGAAUGUGAUUGCUUUUUUCCGCAUCCGGGACGUAAGGCCGCACCAGAACGUGUAAUUUCCAGCGGGGUUGUGUAGUUGUGUAAUUGAAUCAACAAAAGAAUUUUUUCAUAAUCGUUCGCACCCCCGGCGGUUUCAGAUGCAGACACCACAUGACUCCCGAAAUUAUUCAUAGCACCGAAAGUGCACUCUCUUUGACCCGGCAAACACAACGGGGGGAACGAUUGGUAGGGCAGGGCGAAGACUUGUUUCAUCUGCGACUGACUGUCGUUUGCCAUUCGAAAACGUUUCAGCCGGAAAGCGUAAAUCUGUCCGCGUGUUGGUUUGGGCAAGUGCAAUCGAAUGACAAACGUUCGCCGAGUAAAUAUCGCCGUCAACAGGGAACAAUUAUGCGCAACUGUACUUGGUUUUGAGAGUGGAGAGCUUGUACUAUGCAAUAGGACGAAGGCUACCCCGAAACGUGGCACACACGGAAUGCGGACUCUGGCCUCGUCAGAUGCCCUCAAUGAGACCCUUCGCGAAACAGAUUUGGGCACGAACAUGCAAGAACGUUCAAUGACGGACUAUUACUCUUUACUCUAUGGUGGAAUGCGUUGCCGCGGAUUGGAACUUACCUGACAAGGAAUGUAGUCCUGGUUUGACGUGUCUCAGAAAUGAGCUGCAGUCACCGUUACGUCUUGGUUGACCUCAUCGCUCACGUAUGAAAGCUUCCCCUUACGGCACAGGGCAUUUUUUUGGGUUCAUGCCCGGAGACGUGUCGCCUCGUUGUGAUUCCUUUUGGACCAUUGGGCGAGCGAAGAGGCCAGUCCCCCGCUUGGCUUGGAGUGGUUGUCGUUUGGUGGGGGUUGGAAGGUCACAAGCGUCCGGUAUCCCGCAAUGUCCACAUGAGCUUGAUGGCGUGCUGAUGCACCUGUCUUUUGGCUCUCACUCACUCGGAUUGGCGAAUUCGCUUUGGAACGUGUCGAGGAAGGUACUGCCUCCGUUGUUUGUAUGUCCCAAAGCCUUUUCAUGCCCGCCCUUGUUCCGUGGGCGGUGUCGUUCAGCGGGCAUUUGGUCAGAACAAACGUCGAUUCAUCGCACACUCUUGCUCGUGCACCAGCACCUGUGAUUCGGUACCUUCAUUCGCUACACAACACUCGAGAGCACAGCAUCUCCUGUGGGAUGGAAAAGAGGAACGGUCACUUCAGCGAGGCCGGCUUGAGAAACAACAAUCUGCCAAGACAACAGAACCCAGGAUAUGGUAUACGCCCGUCAAGCAAGUAAUUAUUUAAUUAUCUUCCCAGCCGUGUACAUGGCAAAGAGCACGUGUAGUAUUCGCGGAAAUGAGUACUCAGAACACGGACGUCGGGCGAAAAAUUGCCCGCCCUCGUUGUGAGUUUUUGUUGUGUUUGGAUGUAUGGAAAGAGAUUCAAGAGAUCCCGCGAACGGAGGUUGCGCAGUCGCAGGAGGUAUAUGACUCAUGUUUGUCGCCGACAAUUCAUGUCGCGUCAGCCAAGCAAUUGUCAGACGCAUGAGGUGCUGUCAGAGUAGUUAGCUUUUCUGCUCUGCCGGUCGUUACCGGUGACAUCUGUCCCAUGGGCACUUGUUUUGUUUUCACUCAGUUGUCGGACCUGUUCGCUGAACCAAAAAUACCAGAGAAAUUGGCGACGACAUUGUUUGCUUCUCUUCGUCUUCCAUUCCCUUCCGGUUCUGAACACCUCCAAGGCUACAACAUUCCAUUCACAGUUCUCUGAAAUGAUGUUAAUAUAUUGUCAUGGACACCGUGCAAA